GUAGAAUACAUCAUGGCCGACGGAGAAAAACAAGCCCAGGUAACAAACACAAACAAACGAAGAGAAGAACAAUAAACAACUCCCCAGCGGUCCAUCUCUAGAUUACGGUGACGAAGUGAGUGAAGGGACUCGUCUUAUGUACGAAAAAAACGCCAACACAAUGGAUGAAACCACAAUGGACGUGUGCAUAUUCAUGCGGAAUCGCACAGGGAUCCACGUGCAGUUGGAGGAAGGUCAGAACGCGGAGGCAGAAGAUUUAUUUGACAUCGUUCUCCAAGACCAGAGUCUUCCGUCUGAGUGCGAGGAUGUGUUCGCACUGUGGCUCGUGUCGCCACUAUUGGAGUUACGACUAAAGAAGAAACACAAGCCGUUCUUCAUGGUUAAACAGUGGGACGAGCUCUGCUCUCUCUACACAGACGCCAAAGCCACGGAGAUCCAGGAAGAUGAACCAGUGCUUAUGUUCCAAAGAAAUGUAUUCUUUCCCAAAGAACAAGAGUAUAAUAUAACCCAUGAGCAGAUCCUGUGUUAUCUAUACCAUGAAGCGAAGUUUAACGUAUUGGAAGGUCGGUACAUUCUAGCGCGAGACGAAUACCACACACUGGCGGGAAUACAGGCGCUUCUAUCCAUCGGGAAAUACAACCAGCGUGACCACAUCCUAGAAACUUACAGAACCAGUGUGACCCAGUUCUAUCCCGAGCACAUCUACCGCAAACCACAGACGGGAUUCUUCAAGAAAAGGACUAACGAGCAACGAGAUAACAUUGAUGCUUUCUGGCUGGAUGCUCAUCGCCAGAUCUCGCAGGAGUUCGAACACGAAGAUAUAGACCGAGUGAAGGGAGAUCUAUAUCGACGAUAUCUCGACAUAUGUCGACCAUACCCCUUCUAUGGGGCUGCGUUCUUCGACAGUUUCAUUAACAAACCGUUAGGAAAAUUGGGUUUCUUGAAGCGGAACCAUAACAUUGAAACAUGGACAGCAAUAAACACCAACGGAGUUACCGUUAUCGACAGGGAAAAAGAUGAGGUGUUGCUCGCUGUACCGUUCACAGAGUUGUGUUGGGAGUAUGUGGAGCCACAGUUUGACGUUGAUGAUGACUCUUUCCCCGCACUGCUUCUGCAGUUCCUUGUCAACGAGAAAACUCCAGAGGGACAGACGCGCCAGGUCACAAAAGUGCUGCAAGUGUUCUCACGACAGGCACGUAUGAUGAUUGCCCUGAUUGAAUCGGGUGUGGAUAGAAAGAAGAAACAAGGUCGCCCGACAGACGCUGUAGAUGGAAAUACACCAUCAGACUCAGAUUUCCAUGAACGAUGCUCAAACAAACUGCAAAGAUUGUGCCUGUCAACAUUUUCCAAAUCGGGUGAAUGUCUUGAUUAGCGGCAUGCUGAAUCCAUAGACUACUGCAACAUUUAGCCGCAUAAACAUGUUCUCCUUGUAUCUGCAUGACAUCAUCAUGACAUUCCAGAUAUUCAAUCUCUGUGGCAUUAAAUCUUGUGUCACAUUAUAUAUUGAAUGAACGUUCUUUCAGUAUAGAAUAAUCUUACUACUUAUAAGGCAUGGAAGGGUAGAAUUUUUACGACCCAGGAACAUGAUGGUCAAUUUUCCGGUGUAACUGGGUACCGGGUACUUGAAUACAUAUUUAACACCCCAGAAUAACCAUAUCGCCUGGAACAAAAACAAGUACUAUUUGUGAAGUGUCAUAUGAAAAUGAAAUGCAGUCUCAGUUCAUUUGAGCUCAGUCAGAAAUGUGGAGUCACUCUUAUGAAAAAGGACAUCGAAAAGGAACACCUUAUUCAUUCACCUCAACAAAGCAGCAGGCGACAAAUGCCCGAAAAGCAUAAAACAUUAAUUGGUAUCGUUGUAUUAGUCUAAUAUUGGGUACUUAAAAUGUAACUUGGUACCCUCCAAACUGUACCCAGCUCGCGGGUACCCAUCCAUGUCCUUUCUACUUACAUGUGUAGUGAAAUGGUUCAUAGUGAUAUUAGAUAAAGAGGCAGAUAUAACAUUCAUCCAUUCAUGUAAACUGAACACAUUUUAAUUCUCUAUUGCUCAUAUCUGUAAUUAAGGUAUCUGAUGAACACAUAAUCUGGAUUUUUUAUUGAGCCAUUGGUGAUCAUGAUAGAAUUUCUAAGCCUGGCUACCCUAUACUUAAGGUAUUAUUAAAAAGGGUAUUGCACCAUACUGAUGACAUAGAUGUAUAAUAAGUCUUCUAAAAAAUAUAAAUAAAGUUACUUAUAAGUUAGUAUAAAUUUUUUGUUCCUUGUAAGCAACAAAUACCAGUUUUUCAUUGAAAACCUGGUUUUGUCACAUGGCGGCAAUUCUUGUUUACUUUUUAAUUCGACUUUUUUAUUGCUUUUGACAGGCACAUUGUAUAUCAUCAUUGUAUUUAUUUCUAAGACAAAGUGGCGUAGUACACUGCGCUGUCCUACAAAAGCUCUUGUUACAUAAUCGUUUUCUACUCAUAGAACUUUUUCAAUUUCAAAUGAUACCAAAAUAAAAUGAGGCCAAAAGGCAUCCAAAAAUCACAUACCUUCAGCAAGAAUUUUCUGGCAAUAUAGCUGCAUAGCGUUGAUCAUGUUUGUAAUUGCAAGAUCUUACUGGCAAUAUAGCUGCAUAGCGUUGAUCAUGUUUGUAAUUGCAAGAACUUUCUGGCAAUAUAGCUGCAUAGCGUUGAUCAUGUUUGUAAUUGCAAGAACUUUCUGGCUAUAUAGCUGCAUAGCACUGAUCAUGUUUGUAAUUGCAAUAACUUUCUGGCUAUAUAGCUGCAUAGCGCUGAUCAUGUUUGUAAUUGCAGGAACUUACUGGCAAUAUAGCAGUCUUCAAUGCUAUCUAUUUAUCUUUUAAAUGCAAUUCAACCCUUACUUUUUCUUGAAUAUUUAUGAAAUUUAUUUCCAGACUAGAUUUUUCUUAACCUACACGCAUAGUGAUGUUCCACAUGUCAUGAUGUUAAUUGUUGGGUAAUAGAUCUGAGUGUAAUAUCAGGCAUCUUAAGAAUGUGAAUACAGUAGCUUAAUUCAUAAUUAUGCUAUGAUUUGCUCACCGCUUCAUUCUUAAUCAUGAAGAUUUUCAUUAUAUGCAUUUUAUUUUAAAUUUGUUGUUAAUCAUGAGAAGUUCAAAAAUUCAUUAACUCAAUGAAAACAAUCUCUGGGCCUAUGAUUAAAAACAGUCUCAAGUCCGAGUCUAGACUCACACUCAGAAAAACACCUCUAUUAAAUUACAAAGAAUCAUCUUUAUCUAUGUCUUUGGCCUUUACCAUGUGCCAUUAAACAGGGUUUAUGUUUAAACUUUUGGCUACUGAGCUUGUUUCUGUAGUCUUUCACUCAAGUAUUUAUUCCAUACAUUUUACAAAAAUAAAUUUCAGUUGUAAAUAGUAAUAGUAUUCAGCAAAUUUCUUCAGUGAUAGUCAACUAGAAUGAAAAUCUGAAUGGAAUGAAUCUGAAAUCAACUUUGAGACUGUUCAAAAUCAAGACCAAGGGAAUAUUUAAUAUAAAAAAGAAAUGUUUUAUAAGGUAAGAAUCAUGUUGUAACUUGCCUGUUAUUUAUUUUUAGAAAUGUUAUUUUAGUUCAGGGUAACUAAGGUCCGUAACUCUGCAAGAUUUCAUAUCCAGAACAAUGAAUUUAGGUGCAUUUAGCUUCCUUGUUUUAUCGUUUGUUGUUUAGUUAUUUAUUAGAAUUUUAUUUGAAGUAGAAUUAUUGUUUGUUCUCUGUCUGUAUUGUUGGAAUUUAAUUUGUUGUUAUUAUUGAUAUAUAUAUAUAUAUAUAUAUAUAUAUAUAUAUAUAUAUAUACAUAUGCUUGUAUGCUGGCGGAUAAAAGAAACUGUGCAUUAUGUCUGAAAUUCUUUUGAAGUAUUUGACAUGUUGUUCCAUCAAUCAUUUAACAUGCCAAUUUAUUAUAUACUUGCUGGUGAUUUAUAGACAUUUAUCAGCGAAAUAAAAAUGAUAUAAUGAUUAUUUCGAAAAGCCCGUUUUCACAUUCAGAUCAAAAUCCUACCAUGCACGGGUAGGGACACAAAUACGAUGUCAUUUCGGAAAUGACUACUUUUGCAGAUAUAUUUGGUGCUGUCUUCUGAAAAACUACUUAAAAGUCAAAUGUGACAUAAUUAUUAGGCAUGUAAUAAAAAUUAAUUAAAAUUCGUAUUUUAGUGUAAGGUCGCAAUACACCAGCUCAUGAACAUCACAUGAAAUACAGCUAUUGGUGCUCUUUCAGUGAACUAGAGUGUGCUCUUACAUUGAAACAAACAAGUAUCCUCUAUAACUCUGGCCCCAAUUUCUCAAAACUUCAUAAGCUUAACAGGCUUAAGUUGCUUAUUUCAAAUUGUCAAAAUACAUACUUAAAUUGAAUUUUGAUAAACAAAAAAUGAUAAUGGUAAUUGUGAUUAUCAUGAAGAUAAUUCCUAUCUAAAGUAUGAAAAAUCAUCAAAAUAUAAUAUUAUGCAAACUAUUGAAAACAAUGAUGAGCUAAGCCUAAUCCUGUUAUAAGAGACUUAAGAAGUUUCGAGAAAUUGUGGCCUUAUGCAGUGUUUUUUUUCUGGCAAGUUGUGACCUUUUCUCGGAGUUACAUCAUAUAUAAGGUGCUGUUUCUGGAGUAAUCUAAGAACUGUUAAUUUUUUUGCAUGCACAGUUACUUUAUUCUGCUAGUGUAUUUUAAGAAAAUAGAAACCAUUUAACAUAGAAACUAUUAACAGUGUUCAUUGAUGCAUAAUAAAAAUUGUACCAAUAUUGAUACAAAUAAUCAACAUUACUUAUGUAAAAUUCAUUCUUAUUAUAUUUUAUUUUAUUGCUGAACCCCUUAGGCCUGAGGAAUUCAUCAUUUUGAGGACUUCGUGUAAAAAAGAAGCAACUCCAUAUAAAAAUAGGAGCAUCAUCAAUUGAUAUGCUGAGCCCUCGAUUUGAUGCAAACAAUAUGUUCAUAAGCAUCAAGAUAUUGUGGCCAUCGUUACGAAGAGCGUACAAUGAAUCAUCGAAUGAUCAAGAAUUUAAAUUGAAUCUAAAAGGACCUAGGACACUAUCUUUAUUGAUUUUAUACUGAUUAUUAAUUCAAAUGCAAAACAUAUAUAUAUUGCAAAAUGCAGUCAUUCAGUAUGCCCUUGGACCUAUAAACCACAGUAUUAUAGGUCCAUGGAAUAGCACUCCAGUGAAAUACGGCCAUAAUCCACUCUUCUGAUGUCACAUCAUAACAAGCUUUAUUGCAGGAUGUUAAAAUGAAGUUAUUCACAAUAAUGAUGGGUAUAAUUAUAUAGAUAUUGUCCGAGGUCCUUUAAAGCAUUUUUUUUUUGGUCACAAACUAACGGUAAAUUGAAACAUUUCAUGAACUGACCAAUAUAGCUAUAAGUUUUUAAUUACUUGAGACAUUCAAACUACUCAGAUAUAUCAUUUCAAAUGUAUGACUGUAUUGAUAAAAUGGCCUAAUUUUCUUUACCAUUGUACCAGACAUAUAUCUCAACAUUUAAAUAAAAUCACUAACACUCAAAUUUAGAAUGGGUGUGGUUCAUUUGUAGUUUCAUUUUUAACUUACUUCUUUUAUGUUAUUAAUUGAAAUCAAAAGUUGUUUGCUUAGCUUUGGUUAGACUCUGUAUUUACUCGUAUUAAACUUCGUUCAUUUCUUAAUUUUCAUUUUUUUAUGACAUGAUGCCGAACCCUUCUGAUAAAAAUAUAAUUUUUAUAAUUGUUUAACCAAUGGAGAGAUUUAAUCCCAUGAUAACCCCGUACAAACAAAUUCUAUAACUUGGAUUAAAUAUAUUCUUUUGUUAUACAAAGUAUUUAAUAAUCCAGAGAAGUCUUAAUCAGAUUUAUCAUCAUGUUUGUUGUGUUUCCUGUGACCUGAGCAACCAACCAAAAACGUUGCCUUCCUUAUAAGUAAAAACAAUAUUUUUUACGUUAAGGCUGUUCUCCCGUAUAUCAAGUCAGGCUGCUGUAAACAAUUUUUUUUAGGAUGAUGUAUUUUGAUUUCGAAUUGAUUCUAGGACUCAAAUUUUGAUAAAAUUAUUGUACUAGUACUAGUUAUUGUACUAGUAUUAUUUGUACAAUUUGUUUGUCACUCAUUUAUUAGUUAAUUUGUUACCCACUCCCACUGUGAUCCGUUACUUUGUUUAAUUUUGUAUGUAAAUAUGAUCUUUGUAUGCUUGUUUUAUAAUAAAUAUACAACUUUAAUUAAA